GUACGUUGCCGUGGCUACACACGGAAGUUAUCGUAUGCACCUGUUACACUUUCAAACAGGAAAGGGAACGAAUCAAUACAUAUUUAGCUACUUGAACGAAGUAGCUUCGAGCCAGUAUUUUCACCUUGAGACGUCUUUUUUUGGAUUGUUUUUAAAAACCCCAUCAACCUGAACCUUUAUGGACAAAUUAAAGAAAGUUUUGAGUGGCCAAGAUGGCAAUGACGACCUCAACGUACUGCAGGCGGCGAAUGAAGCAUCAACACUGGGAUGGGGCACGCGCGUCAAGGCGUUCCUCGCGUGUUUUGUGGCUGGCGUCUUGUGCUCAGUUUUGGGAACCUGCUUGCUUUGGGUGCCCAGAAAGGGACUGACACUCUUUGCAGUCUUUUACAGUUUAGGUAAUAUUGCUUCUCUUUUAAGCACAAUGUUCUUAACGGGUCCAUUAAAGCAACUCAAGAGGAUGUGUGACAAGACGAGAGCUCUGGCAACUGGCAUUAUGAUUACAUGCCUGGUGCUAACCUUCUGUGCUGCUUUUUGGUGGAAGAACAAAGGCCUUGCUCUGCUGUUCUGUAUCCUCCAGUUUUUGGCCUUUACAUGGUAUAGCUUAUCCUACAUUCCUUUUGCAAGGGAUGCAAUUAUUAAGUUGUUCUCCGCGUGCUUCAAGUGAGAUGCCUCUACAUUUGGCCUUGGCUGUCUCUCUGUGUGCUGCUUUGGCUCCAGCUUCGGUGCUGCCUUCAAUGCCACUCAUGUACCCACUCUGCAGCCUGGCACAGACACCUCACCACACUACAGGCUCCCCUUACUCUGCCCAACGGAUGGACACUCUCCAUCUGUGUGAACAAGCACACACAGACAAGUACUCUCUCUCUCACACACACACACACACACACACACACACCUGUGCUUUACAUUCAAGUAGGAAAAUAUGAAGGAUGAAAAAAUCUGGUUGAGUUUCGGACACUGCCCUAUGGUGACAUGUUUUGUGCAGCAAGAUGGAGCAGCUUAUUUUACAUUUAACUGCUGUGUAAUUGCUUAAUUUGUUCCUACGUGCCUUCCUCUCUGCCGUCAUCCAAGGAUUACUUAAGGACUAGAUUGGGUAGAAAUGUAACCAGUGUUUGCAGUUUUUUUUUAGUAUUUAGGUUUAUUUCUUUUUUUUGCUAGAACAAGACAAUGAUGAAGGGCUUUCUAAAUAAUUGAUCCAAUUAUAUUUUAGUUCAGAAGUUAUCUAUUAUAGGUAAGUAAAAGGAUGACAGAAAUGUCUUAUUACUUAUUGUUAUCUUAUUAGAUAAGUCAAAUAUUAAACACUCAUUAGGGUGCCAAUGUAUAUCUUUAUGGUCCAUUUGUCUUCAAACAACUGUCUUUCUUUGCACUUAGGAGCAAAAUGAUGUGGCUUUUUCUGAUUAAUGUU